UCUCUCUCUCUCUCUCUCUCUCUCUCUCUCUCUCUGUCUGUCUGUGGGACAUCGAGGCGAAGGGGAGAGCUCACAACACAACACGGCGGUCCUCCAUGGCUCUGUGCAACGGAGACAGCAAGCUGGAGAUCAGCAGCGCAGAGCAGAAUGGAUCAUGUGAAGGGGCGGUGGCGAUCCUGGAUGCAGGGGCCCAGUAUGGCAAGGUGAUUGACAGGCGGGUGCGAGAACUGUGUGUACGCUCAGAGAUCCUCCCCUUGGAGACCCCAGCCUUUGCUAUCAGAGAACAGGGCUACAGGGCAAUCAUCAUUUCAGGAGGCCCUGCCUCUGUGUAUGCAGAAGAUGCGCCCUGGUUCGACCCUGCCAUAUUCACUAUAGGAAAGCCUGUCCUAGGGAUUUGUUAUGGCAUGCAGAUGAUGAAUAAAGUUUUUGGAGGCACAGUGCACAAAAAGAGCGUAAGGGAAGAUGGAGUGUUCAGUAUUGGACUGGACAACACUUGCUCCCUCUACAGAGGCCUUCAGAAGGAGGAACUGGUCCUGCUGACCCACGGAGACAGUGUGGAUAAAGUGGCUGAUGGCUUUAAAGUGGUGGCCCAAUCAGGGAACAUCAUUGCCGGGAUUGCCAACGAACAGAAGAAGCUGUACGGGACACAGUUUCACCCCGAAGUGGACUUGACAGAGAAAGGCAUGGAGAUGCUGCGUAACUUCCUCUUUGAGAUUGCGGGAUGCACAAGUAACUUCACCGUACAGAACCGCCAACAGGACUGCAUCAACGACAUCAGAGAAAAAGUAGACAAGUCUAAAGUGCUGGUGCUGCUGAGUGGCGGCGUGGACUCGACAGUUUGCACAGCCCUCCUCAACAAAGCUCUGAACCAGGAUCAGGUUAUUGCAGUUCACAUCGACAACGGCUUUAUGAGGAAGAGAGAGAGCCAGAGUGUGGAAGAAGCCCUCACCAAACUGGGCAUCAAACUCAAAGUGGUCAAUGCAGCUCACACUUUCUACAACGGAACAACAACACUUCCCAUCUCUGAGGAGGACAGGACGCCCCGGAAGCGCAUCAGCAAGACCUUGAAUAUGACCACCAACCCUGAGGAGAAAAGGAAAAUCAUUGGAGAUACAUUUGUCAAGGUGGCAAAUGAAGUGAUAGGAGAGAUGAAUCUGAAGCCAGAAGAGGUUUUCCUGGCCCAGGGUACCUUGAGGCCCGACCUCAUUGAGAGCGCCUCUCAUCUCGCCAGCGGCAAGGCAGAGGUCAUCAAAACACACCACAACGACACCGAGCUCAUCCGCAAACUCCGAGAUGAGGGCAAAGUAAUCGAACCACUGAAAGAUUUCCAUAAAGAUGAGGUCAGAGCACUGGGGAGGGAGCUGGGCCUGCCAGAGGAGAUUGUUUCUCGACACCCUUUUCCUGGUCCUGGUUUGUCCAUCAGGGUGAUUUGUGCAGAGGAGCCGUACAUCUGCAAGGAUUUUGCUGAGACAAACAACAUCCUUAAAAUCAUCACAGACUUCUCUGCAAGUGUCAAAAAGCCCCACGCCUUGCUGCAGAGAGUCAAGUCGUGCAUAUCGGACGAGGAGGAGGAGAAGCUCAUGCAGAUCACCAGCCUUCAUUCACUCAAUGCCUUCCUGCUGCCCAUCAAAACUGUCGGCGUCCAGGGUGACUGCCGGUCCUACAGUUACGUGUGCGGCGUCACAAGUAAAGAAUCUCCACACUGGGAAUCUCUCAUGUUCCUGGCCAGACUCAUCCCUCGCAUGUGCCAUAGCAUCAAUAGAGUUGUGUAUGUAUUUGGGUCCCACGUGAAAGAGCCACCAACAGACAUUACCCCAACCUUCCUGACCACAGGCGUUCUGAGCACGCUCAGACAGGCGGACUUUGUAGCUCACUCUAUCCUCAGAGAGUCUGGCUACUCCGGUAAGAUCAGCCAGAUGCCGGUCAUCCUGACCCCCCUGCACUUUGACCGUGACCCACUGCAAAAGCAGCCAUCCUGCCGGCGCUCUGUGGUGGUCCGCACCUUCAUUACCAGCGACUUCAUGACUGGCAUCCCCGCCAUGCCGGGCAACCAUAUCCCUGAGGAGGUGGUGUUGAAGAUGGUAAAUGAGAUCAAGAAGAUCCCAGGAAUCUCCAGAGUCAUGUAUGAUCUGACCUCCAAACCACCUGGCACCACAGAGUGGGAAUAAACAACAUGACGUGGCACCGAUAGGACACCCACUCACACAAUGCACAAACACACUCAACAGAUAUCAAAGAGGGCUGGGGAACUCCCUCCCUCUUUUCUGUCCUUCCUCCCUUCCUACUUUCCUCCUCCUCCUCUUCCCUCUUCCCUCUUGUACCUUCCUCCCUCUCAUCAACAUUCCCAUGGAAGGCAGACCGUACUGUGACGGGCGCACACGCAAAAGCGCUACUACUCUGCUCUCCCCACCACUCCUACCUGGUCUUAAUAUUUUUGGCGAUAGGGAUCGAUUAAUGUUGGUUAUUGAUAAUAUAUUGACUUUGUUUCAUUUCCAUGUAAAACAGUUGUAUUUCCUCUCUUAUGAUAAAAAGGUAAAAUUGCUGCUUCCUGUUGUGAGGUCAAUUAUUAAAGGCAAGUGGCCAGAUGCUGUGAACGUACGGAAAGUAGACUUUGUCGUGCCUCAGGUUGCAUUGUGGGAUGAGCAAAGCGUGAGAACAAAAGUGUCAUGAAAAGAAAGACUAGCAGAAGGAGGGUUCUGAAAAUUUUCAGCAAUUGUUUUCUGCCUUUUUUUUUCUUCUAUGUUUUUGUUUUACUGUUGUCAGUCGGAAUGUCCUCAGCCUAAGACUAUCCUCUCUAUUUGUUCAUUUUCACUUUCUGCCUGUAUACUGUGCUAUGAAGAAGGUUGUCUGCGCAAAGCAAAACUGACCAGACAAAACCUAUGUGACCAAUCAAUGAUUUCUAAGCUUUUUUUGUUUUUGUUUUGCCAAAAGUAGAAUAUGCUGUGUUGAUAUGAAUUUCUGGGCUCCUCUGACGAUACAUUUGUUGACAUGAGAUGUUGACUGUUGCCGUGCCCAUCAUGGACAGCAGUUAACCAGCUGUGCAGGAGGCCAAUAUGAUGGGUAACUUUGUAUGUGCCUGUUCUAUUGUUUUUGUUUUUGUUUUUCCUUUAGUGUGACCUGACCUGGAUGUUUCCAGAGAGGAGGAUAUAACAGUUUCUCCUCAUGCUGCAAUAUGUAUGCUUUUUAUGAAGAAUAAACAUGGCAAGAGGACUAACUAAUAACAGAAUUAUAAGUACAGUAAAGUUUAUAACCACAGUGUGUAAAUUGCUGUUGUCAUUUCAACAUUAUUUGGCUGCUCUUGUUCUCUACAGGGGCGCGUUUUUUCCACCCAAAGGCCUCUGUGCUUUAUUGACAGAAUCGUGCAUCCAGUGGAAACUUCACCUUAUUAAGUGUUUUGCUCCGUAAUGUUACAGGUCAGGUUAAAAGUAUUGUAUGUUGCCAUCUGCACUGUAAAUUCACUGUCUAAAAAAAAAAAAAGGCAUUACUGGUUAAUUUUUCUGUUGGGUAUUGUCAAAACAUAAUCUCCAGUCUUCAUUCUUGUCACCUAGACCUCAGUGAAUACAGAGCUCAGGUUUAACUGAGUUUUAAAGAGUGUAAGAUACAUUUUGUUCAGGCGUGAUGGUUCUCAUGCCUCCAGAAUUUGUCUCUGUGCCUCUCAUCCUCUGUUACUUCCUCACCUUUAGCGCUAAAUACUCCCAGUGCAACAUGUACGGUUUCCUUACUUGUCUUAACAGCUAUGGUUAUUAGUGUUUCUCCCUCUGUUCUGCCUUAUGUGUGUAUUUUAUGUUACAUAUGUCUCCAUAGAAAACAACAGCUUGAUAAUAAGACAUAAUUUUGUAGUUGGAUUUAAUUGCAAUAUCGAUAAGAUUAAGUUAUGCAAAUCUAUGUCUGAUGGGUUUUUUUUUGUUUGUUUCUUUUUGUUCAACAAUGCUCAUUCUCCUUAGUAACGUGCCUCAAACCAAGCCACUGCAUGCAGUUUCAACUAUGACAUUUGUACAAUGGAAAACUGAGCUUUAAUAAAGAUCUCCAUGUUGAAACUU